AUGCCAGUCCACGAGCUGCCUUUCCUUGUUCAGGAUGUCGCGGACCGUGCAAUCACCGUGAAGCAACUGCGCAACCUGCGAACUUUCCUCCAGUACCUCACGAAAACAGAGCUCCUGAAGCACACCAGCGAAUUCUCCAAGGGAAAGGGAAGCUUUGGGAAGCUCAUCCCAUGGACGACCCUCAACAUGUACCACAUCACCAACGAGGUGAUCAAGAAGGUCAUUCCGCACGUCGACCCCAAAGGAGAGCGUUUGGAUGAACAUCGACGCUGGUACAGCUGGGUAGAGUUUGUUGCGGACGAUCCGCAGCCUGCCAAGAUAAUGUUCAGCCACUGGUGGGGAGGGCGCUUCAUGGACUUCAUGCAGGCGGUGGACAACAUGACCAUGGACCGUGCCCUGAGCAUCUACACACCCAUUUGGGUCUGCACCUUUGCGAACUGCCAGUUCGGGGAGAACUUCGGCUCCAAGCUCAUGGACUGCCCUUUCAUCCGCACCCUGAAAACAGUGGACCUGACAGUUCUGAUCGUGGACUCUCAGGCUGGCUCGCUCACUCGGACAUGGUGCGGACUUGAGGUGCAUUACACCACGAACAACGACAUCGACUUCGUCCUCUACACGUCCGCAGGGCGCGUGGGCUCCUCUUACGUCUCCGGUGGGCCCCUGGUCGAGGCAGUGAAGAGCUGGGACAUCCGCUCCAGCGAAGCUUCGGAUCCGCAGUAUCGCCGACAGAUCCUGAACUAUGUGGCCAAAGUCAAUGAGCUGGAGGGCCUGAAGAAGGACAAAAAUGGUCGGAUGGUUUUGGACAGCAUGGGUCGACCUUCCCUCGACGGCGACAGUCGAGAUCCCUCCUGGCAGAGCCGGUCCAACGGUGAGAAGGAGUACUCUCACGAAGCCAACCUGUUCAGGAAGCAUGCGAAGCGCUUCGAGCACCUGAACAUGAUGGUGCGCUUGCGUGUCAUGGCGAACUUGGGCUUGCCCAAGAAGCCCAAGGGUUGCGAGGUUCCGGAGAUGGGCUUGCGCGGGAUGACGCUGAAUCAGCUGCGAGUGAUGACAGCAAAGCUGGAGGCAACCUGCCCUUGGUCUGCGGAUGACGAGGAUUGUGUUUGGUAUGAGCGCUUGGACCUGGAGUCUGACAAGCCCUUGGAGUACGAGCAACUACAAAUUCAGCAUGUAAAGGAGUGGGUUACGGAAAUGACGGAGGAACGUCGGUGCUCGUACAUGGAGCUUGUGUCGGAUGGAUCCCAAAAGCCGCAGUACGCGAUCACCUUUUCCGAGAGCAGUUUCUGGAGCGAGCGCAUGUCUGCGAUCGAACUGUUCGCGGAGGCCCAGCACCUGCCAGAUUCGACGAUUUUCUUUGUGGAGAUACUCGGGAUUAACAGUCACGACGACGACGAAGACGCGGAGGUGUGCUGGAAGUCAGUGAAGACUGAGGUGGAGGGCAUCAUCUGUCAGCUCUCCACCCGAGCUGAGCUGCAGGAUGAUGAAGGCCUUGGCUCCCUGAUCUUUGAGGUGGGCACGGACAAGGGCAUCUUCUUCGCAAGCAGCGGCGGAGUGCUGGCCUGCAGCCAGGCUUUCCGCAGCGGCAACUGGGUGCAUGGCGACUUCGAUGUCCAGGUGAUCUACAAACUUCUCAAACGACUUCUGGACGACGCGCCUGACGAGAAUGAUGGCGAUGACGAGCUGGUGGAAUCCGACAACCCAACUUUCCGCGGUCUACUCCGCCUUCACCAGUGGCUUGCCGGCCCCGUGUUGCGAAGGGCCGCAAGGAACAACGAUGUGCAGGCGAUCAAGGACAUUUGCAGUUUGCCUGGCCUGCGGCUGUCCGGUGACACCAUGAAAGACAAUGUCGGGAGGAUGCCUCUGCACAUCGCCAUUGCCAGCCGAUCCUGGCCAGCCAUGACAGCUCUGUUGGAGGCGAAGGCGGAUCCAAACGUUGAGGACGACAUGAAGGAUCGGCCACUGCACUACGCAGCGCUGGCGGGCCAUGCCGAAGCCGCCAAGGAGCUGGUGGCGGCGGGCGCGGACCCCUGGGCAGAGAACUGCUUUACCGAGACUGCGCUGCAGGUGGCGAGGCAGAGCCCUGCUGCCUUCUUGGGUGUGGACACUGCGGCGGUUCGUGACUUUCUCAAGGCCCAUGAACUCAGAGGAAUUCUUUUUGAAUGCUUCUGGUCGAUUUGCCUUGGGUUUGGUCGCAGACCGUGCCGGGUUUUGCGAUACAGCUUGAUCGUGAAGUGUGGUUUGCCAUCCUGCUUCACGCUUCACCAGGGAAGCUAG